AUGGAUGGUUGUAAUCGCUGUGUACCUGUUGAUUCAGCAACUACAGCCGGAGAAGUAUGCCAAUUCUUGGCAGAGAAAUUGAAUCUUAAGGAUUCAUUUGGAUUUUCACUUUUCAUUGAAUUAUUUGAUGAGAUGUCAUCACUUGGCAAUGGGAAAGAUCAUUUAAUGGAUGCAAUAAGUCAAUGUGAAAAUUAUGCAAUACAAAAAGGAACUCUUGAAGAACAUAGAAAAUGGACAUUGUAUUUUCGAAAAGAAAUUUUCUCUCCAUGGCAUGAUUCUGUUAUUGAUAUGAUAUCGACGAGAUUAAUUUACCAACAAGUCAUUCAUGAAAUGUCAUACAAUGAAUAUCAAUGCGAUGAUCAUUUACGAGCUUAUAUAUUAGCGUGUGAGUGGAUAGUAAACAAACUAGAUGAGUUACCUGAGAAAAACUAUUUAUUCACUGAAACACUUAAUGAAUUACAAAUCUGGUUGGAGAAGCGUAAAUUACCACAAACUUCUAAAUGGAUAGAAUUAGUAACUCAAGUAAUCAAAGAAAAUGAAGUUUUAAGAACACAAAGAGAUCCUGAUAUUCUGAGACAAGAAGUUGUUAAUUUAGCAAAAUCUCAAUGGCCUUUGUCUUUUUCGCAAUUUUAUGAAGGUCAUCAGUUCACAGGUCCAGACAUAUUUACUGAUCAUAUUAUAUUGGCAAUAAAUGGAACUGGUUUAUAUAUUAUUAAUCAGGAGCAAAACGUUUUGCGAAAUUUAUCAUAUCCUGAAAUCUAUUGGAUUUCAAGGACUGAUUCUACGCCAUCAGAUUUGUAUUUAUUAACAUUGACUACAGUGAAAGGUGUUGAAUUCACAUUUCUGUGCAAAAAUGCUGAAGAUAUACAAGAUUUAAUCAUGAAUUAUCUUAAUGGUUUAAAACAACGUUCAAAAUAUGCUGUUGCUAUUAGAAAUUCACAAGAACAAUGUGAAAGUUGUACAUCUCUAACGAUGCAACGUGGAGACUUAAUCAUCCUUGAUAGGUAUGCUCAAGAAGGUAAACAAGAAGAUAUCUCUAUGACUAAAGACAUUUCGUUGCACUGUGAGCAUAAAAUAGAUUCACCAUUUCUUCAAGAACAAUUCAUCAAACUUGGAGAUAAAAAUGGCUGGUGUUAUGGUGAGAAUCAGAGAACUCAAAUGAAAGGCAUAUUUCUAGAAAAUCAAGUCUACAUUCUACCAUGUUUAACACAUCCUACAAGUGAAGUGCUGACAAUGUUUAGUCGAAACAAUGAAAAUGAUAACUAUCCAUUCGAUUUAAUUUCAUCACAAAAGGUAUCUGUCAAACCUGAACUUGCUGUUAAACCACAAUGA